AUGGAAAUCGACUCUGUGGAGACUCCACCCACAGGUUCCAAGAGGAAAGCGGAUGAUGUUCCUUUAGAUGCUUCGCCUCCUCGAAGAAUCAAGGCACUCAAUCCCGAUGUGGUGAAUAAAAUCGCAGCGGGUGAAAUUAUCGUGGCUCCGGUCCAUGCUUUGAAGGAGUUGAUAGAGAACUCGGUCGAUGCUGGGUCAACGGCGCUCGAUGUCGUCGUCAAAGAUGGCGGUCUGAAGCUCCUGCAGAUCACAGACAAUGGCCAUGGCAUAGAUAAAGAAGAUCUGUCUAUCCUGUGCGAAAGGUUCACAACCUCGAAACUGAAAUCCUUCGAGGACCUGACUUCAAUUGGCACCUAUGGCUUCAGAGGCGAGGCUCUUGCCAGUAUUAGUUACAUUGCCCAUCUAACCGUCACCACGAGGACGAAGGAUUCAAACUGUGCUUAUCGAGCAAGCUAUGCAAGCUGCAAGCUAUCUCCUCCCAAGCCUGGGCAGUCGGCGGAACCAAAGCCUGUGGCUGGUCGGCAAGGUACGCAGAUUACUGUGGAAGACCUGUUUUAUAAUAUCCCGACACGGCGAAGAGCCUUCCGGUCCGCUUCUGAGGAGUACAAUAAGAUCCUGGACAUGGUAGGUAGGUAUGCCGUCCAUUGUUCUGGUGUUGCAUUCAGCUGCAAGAAACAUAGUGAAUCAAGUACCUCCUUAUCCGUUUCACAAAACGCCUCCACGACAGAGCGCAUACGCCAAAUACACGGCAGUGCUGUCGCGAACGAGUUGGUCCAGUUUAGCUCUGCGGAGAGUCGGUUUGGAUUUGUGGCAAAUGGAUGGACUACAAACGCCAAUUAUCACGUCAAGAAGACUACCCUUCUUCUUUUCAUUAACCACCGUUGCGUCGAGUCUUCAAAUAUCCGGAAGGCUAUCGAGCAAACAUACUCAACAUUUUUACCCAAAGGUGGGCACCCAUUUACAUACCUGAACCUGGAAAUCGACCCUCAACGUGUGGAUGUCAAUGUGCAUCCAACCAAAAGGGAAGUUAAUUUUCUCAACGAGGAUGAGAUUAUUGAGCAGAUAUGCAUCGAUAUCCGCGUCAAGUUGGCGAAUAUCGAUACAAGCCGGACAUUCAUGACACAGAGUCUUCUUCCAGGAGCGCGAGCACCCAGUGGGACUGCAGGUGGAGAGAGCCCAAGCACGCCAGUUCCAAAAUCAACACAGAAACUCUAUGAGAAUAACCUUGUACGGACCGAUGCAAAGCUCAGAAAGAUCACAACCAUGCUCCCGCCAGGUUCUGGGGGGGGAGAGACAGCAAACCCUCCCCAGGGGACGCAAUUAUCUAGCAACGAGAUGGAAUAUGAACACUCUGACCGUGAACCGGUAACCUGUCGCCUGGUCACUAUCAAGGAACUACGCGCAGCUGUUCGGGAUGAAAUGCAUAAUAAUUUAACGGAGAUGUUUGCCAGCCAUACUUUCGUCGGCAUUGUCGAUGAGAGGCGGCGCUUGGCGGCUAUGCAGUCUGGAGUUAAAUUAUUCCUUGUUGACUAUGGCAUGGUGUCUUCUGAAUACUUCUAUCAACUUGGGUUGACAGAUUUCGGGAAUUUCGGCGCCAUUCGGUUUGAAGUUCCCCCGAAAAUUCAAGACCUUGUCAGGAUUGCGGCGGCUCAUGAGAAAGAGAUGAUGCAACCUGCCUGCAAGGAAGAUGAGUUUGACAUUGAAGAGGUAGUAGAUGUUGUCAGCGCACAGCUCAUUAAGAGGAGAGAAAUGCUGCUUGAGUACUUCACGAUCGAGAUUUCUCCAGAAGGAGAUCUGAUCAGCAUACCGUUGCUGAUGAAAGGAUAUACCCCCAGUCUCGCAAAACUGCCACGCUUCUUGAUGCGCUUGGGGCCGCACGUCAACUGGACUGACGAGAAAAUGUGCUUUGACACGUUUCUACGCGAGCUAGCAGAUUUUUAUGUCCCCGAACAGCUCCCCCCAAGCCAAGGAAAAGGGAGCGAGGAGGACAUCGAUAAAGAAAUCAAGCAACGGAGGAAUGUGGUCAGAAAAGCGGUGGAGGAGAAACUGUUCCCAGCGUUCUCUGGAAGAUUGAUUGCUACCAAAGCGCUGAUGAAGGGGGCGGUGCUGGAAGUCGCAAAUCUGAAGGGGCUUUACAGGGUAUUUGAGCGUUGCUAG